CAGGAAAUUAGGUGAUGAAAGGAACAGCUUUCACCCACCAACUUACAGUUCCAUCAGAGAAUGUCUUUAAGUACUUCUGUGACUUUUUCAUUUAUGCCUGUUUCCACAGGACAGUGUCAGGUGGAACAGAUAAUCAGGAGGAUGCAGGACAGACUUGGUGCUUUCUGAGCAUUAGACCUCAUUUGGGCCUCUCUCAUUGCCUGGGUUUUGCACAAGAAACACCAUGUGGGGUGCCUCAGUCUUGCAGAACAAGUGCAGAUGCAGGAGCAAGGGAGACUGGCACACAAGUUGCUGGAGGCUCAGGUCCUUACUGAGGACUUUCUUCCCAUCAGUGCUCAAAGACUACAAAGCACUGUUGUUGCUUUUUCACUUCUAACAACAAGAAGAGGGACAGAAGUUGUUCACUAGCCAAUUCUGCUGAAGAGCCUGUCCUCACAGCAGAGGUGCUCCAGCCCUUUGAGCAUCUUCAUGACUCUCCUCUGGACUUGCUCUAACAGUUUCAGUGUGGAGACUUAGUCUGGAUUUCAGCUUUUGUCUCCAAAGAAGGAGCUGGUGGAUACCUUGCAGUGCAAAGCAAGAGAGCAUGUUCUCUAGGCCGAAGCAGGUAAGCCAGCCAUCCCGCUUUUGAUUGAUUGAAACUAAACAACAAACCCCAAACCAAACAAGCCCUGAAGAGCCAACAACACAUGAACUUACUGACCUUUGUUCCAUGACAGUAGCUUUAAUUAUUGAAUAGCGGGGAUGGGCUGAGAGCUGAGGAGGAGAAUUUGGGGGCUGUCCUAGGCAGUGAGAUAAGGUCACAAUAUAAGUCGGCUACAGUGGAUUUUAGAACACUAACGGAGUAUAUUCCCCAGUGUGCAGCUCAGCAAGUUUGGAUCCUGGAAUCAUGAGUGGGUGCCCCUUUGCAAGAAGCAAUUAUCUAUUUAAUUUUAACAACCUAUGCUUGGAAGAAGAUGACAAAUCACAAGAAGGGGUAAAUAAAGCCAGCAAAAGUGGACUUAUCUAUGGAGACUACCUACAGCUGAACAAAAUACUGAAUGCUCAAGAACUUCAGAGUGAGAAGAAAGGAAACAAAAUCCACGAUGAGCAUCUUUUCAUUGUGACACAUCAAGCUUAUGAGCUUUGGUUUAAGCAGAUUCUGUGGGAGAUGGACUCUGUGCGGGAGAUCUUUCAAAAUGGCCAUGUAAGAGAUGAGAGGAACAUGCUGAAGGUUAUUACUCGAAUGAACAGAAUUUCAAUGAUUCUGAAAUUACUUGUGGAACAGUUCUCAAUUCUGGAAACUAUGACUGCAUUGGACUUCUUUGAUUUCAGAUACUACCUAAGCCCAGCAUCAGGUUUUCAGAGCUUGCAGUUUCGCUUGCUAGAGAACAAAAUUGGUGUUCCACAAAGUCUGAGAGUCCCCUAUAACAGAAGGCAUUACCGUGACAACUUCAAGGGAGAGGAGUAUGAGCUACUGCUUAAAUCAGAGCAAGAACCAACACUACUGCAACUUGUAGAGGCAUGGCUGGAAAGAACUCCAGGACUUGAAGCAGAAGGAUUUGAUUUCUGGGGACAAUUUGAAGUGAAUGUUUUAAAAGGUCUAGAAGAGGAAUUUGCCUUGGUGCAGGCCAAACCAGAAUCAGAUGAAAAAGAUGAUGACUUAUCUGAAUUCCAAAAGCAGAAAGAUGUGUUGCUUUCAUUAUUUGAUGAAAAACGCCACGAGCACCUGCUUAGUAAAGGAGAAAGAAGACUUUCUUACAAAGCACUGAAGGGAGCCUUAAUGAUCUACUUCUACAGGGAAGAACCUCGGUUUCAGGUUCCCUUUCAGCUUCUCACCUCCCUCAUGGAUAUUGAUGUGCUCAUGACUAAAUGGAGAUAUAACCAUGUCUGCAUGGUGCACAGGAUGAUUGGCAGCAAGGCUGGCACCGGAGGCUCAUCAGGCUACCACUACUUGCGCUCAACAGUGAGUGACAGAUACAAGGUAUUUGUGGAUUUGUUCAAUCUUUCAACAUUUCUAGUGCCGAGACACUGGAUACCAAAGAUGAACCCAACCAUCCAUAAAUUCCUUUACACAGCAGAAUACUGUGACAGCUCCUAUUUUAGCAGUGAUGACUCUGACUAGCCUGCAUUUCUAGACUGGUUGCUGUCAAGAACUUCAGGACUUUCUACUUGAGAGCUGCUAUCACCCCAGCAUAACAGCUGUUAUCAUGGAGUGUGGGUGUGUAAAUAUGUAUUUAUGUCUGACAGUUAUGUGAAUAGUAUGAUCAGCUUGUGCAAGAAACUUAAUUGUAGACCAAAUAAUCUGUAUUGAGUUAGCCUAUUCUAAAACUAAAAUGAUACUCCAAUCCAACUCAGUGACCAAUUUAACUCUUAGUUGGCUUCUUAAAACCUGCACCUAUAGAGAAGACUUAUGAUCAUGUCUUAUUUGUAUUUAUUUUUGUAUUUGUUUGCCUUAUGACUGUUACUUCUAAUUGAGGCCAUUAUUAAGCUUGUCACCUUCAGUAGAAUAUUAGUUUCUGAGCUCUGGUAGAAUUUCAAAAGGAAAUUUUUGUUUAAGAAUGUCAAAAGUUAGAUUU